CACACUUUCUCUCCCCGUCUAAUAAACCAUCAUCUCCUCCUCCUCCUCGUUCCCAAGGUAUCAUGAAGCUGCAGGAGAUCAUCCGUUCCCCGCCGUCCAAGACCAUUGAGAUGUACAUCCGCCAGGGCCACCCCGACAACUACCGGGACAUUUUGAAGGAGGUGAAGCACAAGGAGAUCUUCAGCAUCAUCGUGGACACGCUGCCGGGGAACAUGCGCCUCUUCCUACGAUGUCUCCUGCAGCUUCAGAUGAACGACUACCGCUACCACUACCUCUUCACUACCUUCGACAUCGAAACCUUUGACCUGGAGGACUUCAAAUACAACUACGUCAACAUGACUGCCUUCAGGAUCGUGGACACGGCCAACAGACAGGUCCUGAAGAUCCUGAAGGACAUGGAGAAGUUUCAACCCAUUGGUCACUCCAUCCUUAACAAGACUUCCAUUAUUAAGUUAACACUGAGAGGCCUCCCGCUGUUCCUGCACCCGCCUCAGAUGUGGUCACUCUUGAAUAUGAGGACAAAGGAAGAGUUUCGUUAA